CCGCUCCGCGCCGGCUCUCGGGGCCAGCGGCCGCCGCUGCCUUUGUGCCCCGGCCCGGUGCGGUCCCUCCCCGCCUCCCCGCCGGAGCCCUGCGGCGCAUGCCUCCCGCUCCCCGGGGGCAGGGAAGGAAGCGCCGCCCGCCCCUGCACCAGCGCGGCGGGCAGCGGCGGAGCGGAGCCCGGCGGAGCCGACAGCCCGGCCCGGCCGCCGCCAACCCCCGUCGCCCCUGUCGGCCUCCUCUCGGCAGGAUGGAGAAGAGACCGGUCUGAAUAUCUGUUCCAUGGUGGACUUUGCUGUGGUCUGCUAGAAUGUUCCUUAUGGAUGCUCCUCCUCUGGUAGCUCUUCAAACAAAAUGGGAAUCCUUUGGGCCAGCAAGGAAUUGUAGAUACCCCGUUUGCUUCCCUGAGUCUGACAGCAACGUCACCAGAACCUCCGUGAGCGCCAAAGUUCAGAUGAUCAUAAACAACCUGCAAAGCCAAGAGCCUGCCCUGGGUAUGAACAAUGAGUGUGGCUGUGUUGUGCAGAAGAAACAGAAGGGAGAAAAAGGCUCCAGUGCCAGAGUCACAUCCAGCACCACGCUGCUGCGGAAGCAUCCUCAGUACAGCCAGUGUGGGUGCCCCGAGGAUUCGGAUGGCAGCGAAGUGGAGGGGAGUGUAGAGUUUGGGACUCUGCUGCUCGAUUCUGACAGCGACGAUUCUGUGGACCGAGGUAUAGAGGAAGCUAUCCAAGAGUACUUGAAAACAAAAAGCAAAAGUGCCCAGUCGUUGCCAAGGAAUGCAGAGCGUUCUGAGAAUGUGAGCAGAGACAAAAGGUUUAAGAGAGAGUUCUCCCAGAACAAAGUGGCUAGUAACCUUCUCCCUGUGAAAUUUAAUGCUGAGAUGCUCUCUGAAGAGUACCUAUCUGACCACCUGGGAAUUGGGAAGAGGCUCCAGCCUGCUUCCCCUCAGAGCAUCAGCAGCGAUGACUCCUUUGAACAGAGCAUACAAGCCGAAAUUGUGCAGUUCUUGAAUGAGAAGAAGCAGCAAGAAAUUAGUAAAUGUGUUACUGAGGAGGAUAAAAAAGAUUCCCGUGUGAGAUCUGUCCUGAAAUGCAACAAAGAAGCAACAAACAGAACAAACUGUGGUGCUAUAAAACAAGGUUGUAAUGCGCUGCUCCUGAGACACCAUCCCAAGCUGCAGAAAUCCAGUGCCCAGUCCAAGUGUUUGCAGUCAAAAAUCCAAACAGAGCCCAGUGAUUUCAGCCAGGCAAACCAAGCUUAUCUAGAAAUGGGCACUGCCAGCCAGCCUUGGCUCGUGGAGCAGGAUGAGGGAAGUGCAGCUCAUUACUGGGAGCCAGGGGAAGCACUCAUCAAGGAGAGCAUGCACACAUCUGACUCGAGCAGUGAUGAUGGCAUCGAAGAAGCCAUCCAGCUUUACCAGCUGGAGAAAAUCAGGAAAGAGGCAGGUCAUGCAGCAAACUGUGUCCCUUUGCAGAGGGAACCAUUUGAUCCAAAGGGUAUGGCAGACAUUUCUGCCAGCCUGACAAUUAGCUCCACAAAAAGUGCCUCACCAGAAAUCCAUAAAAACCCUACAAGCAGCAAGAGAAAAGAAGUUAAUUCCAAGUCAACAGGAUUAGAAAGCACCAGCAAUGAUUUUAAUAAGCUAUUUAAACCACUGAAAAAAGCCAGACAUUUUGCACUUCCAGAAAACAAGAUUACUGCUUGUGAGCUCACAUUGCAGGCCUCUUGCAGAGCAGACACAUCUGCAGAACUCAUGUGUGCAGAAGCUAUCCUGGAUAUUUCCAAAACAAUCAUGCCAUCCCAAAUGGGAAGUGACAACAAAUCCCUCACUGCAGACUCCUUCUUUUCUCCCCAGCUUCUCUCGUCCUCCCGUUGUGAAAGUGACAGCAGCCUUGUGGACAGUGAUGACAGCAUAGAGCAAGAAAUCAGGGCAUUUUUGGCUCUGAAAGCACAGUCAGAAAACCUUGGAACAAAACCUCCCAGCCUGUCACGCUCCAUCCAGAUGCCUUUGCCUUCUGAUCCAAACAGCCUCACCGGGACCCUUGAGCCUGCUCUGCCCAAAACACUGAAAUUAUCCCUGAGUCGGAAAAGGAGACUUAAAAGGGAAGGCAGAACAGCAAAACAAGGGGGGUCAAAACUACCUGAACAGCUGGAGACAGGACUUUUCCAGCCAGGUCACUGUUCCAAAUUCCCGGCGCUCCAAGAGGAUCAUGCCCUGAGCAACCCCACAGAACUCCGGGAUGCUCAGAGUAAUAAAGACCUGAGGCAGCAGCAGCUGAUGUCUUCCAAAUUGUCUGGCUCUGAUGGCAGCAGAUGUGUGCCCUUGGACUCUGUAAACCCUUUCCUGCAGGUUCAGAGUAGCACAAAAAAACCUGUAAAAAACCCCAUCCAAACCCCAGAGAGGGAGGGGUCAGGUGAUGAGAGCAGCUCUCUGGACAGUGAUGAGGACCUGGAUAGUGCCAUCAAGGACCUGUUACAGUCUAAAAGGAAGUUAAAGAAGAAAUCCAAGGACCAGAAAGCUCAGUGCAAGAAGAAAGUCAGAUUCAGUGAGACAGAAACUCAGCUACUGGAUGAAUUCAGUAGCCUCCAACAAAACGAGUGGAAAUGUAAAAAUCCCUCACUGCUAAAAAGCUGCCUCUCAAAACCUAGGAAAGCUGUGAGGGAGAAUGCAGUCAGGAACCCUCCAGACAACAUCAAACUUCUCAAUGACAAGCCAGAAACCACGAAAAACCUGGAGUCUAACUUACAGCUUAAAAAAGGCAAUAAACCUAAAUCAGUUUCAAACCAGCGGGGGGCUAAAAAUAGAAAAUGUGUUUUCCCAGCUGUGUCAGACGCCAGUGACAGCAGCUCAGUGGACAGUGAUGACAGCAUCGAGCAGGAAAUCAGGAGGUUUUUGGCAGAAAAGGCUAAAGACUCUGCAAGCAAUUCAGAGAUGCAAAAAGGUGAUGCAAGUCUGGACCUACUUAGAGCGACCAAACAAACUGGUAAUAAAGGAAAAGCAAAGCAGCAGCCGGUGGAAAAUGAGAUUGACCUGGUGCUAGGUCAGAGUAAAAAGACUGAGGUAGCUCAGCAAACUGAGGAGGUGAAGAACUCUCAGAGAACAGAAGGGAAAAGUGCAAUGUUAGCUGGCAGUGGAAGAUGUGCUUCCUCUGCAGAGAAUGUUCCUACUACUGGUCAGUCAAAAGCUAAGCAAGGACUGGGGGGGGUCAGAGGUGGUGCUGCUGAGGAGUUACCUGGGAAUGCAACAGGUAAAAGGAAUGUCUGUAACACAGAGCCCCCAAAACCCAGCAGAAAUGAAGGGUGUAAAGUGAGAAAAGUCAUGAAUGCAAAGCCCAGAUCUAAGAGGAAGAAUACCUUCCAGCUAAAAAUCUCAAGUAAAUUUAUUGCGGGUCUGAAAUACGCCCGGGACAGGAAGAAAUCGAUGCUUUUGAACAAAAAGCAGAAAGCAGAGUGUGUGCUCAGCCAGAGCAGUGCCUUGGGAAUGGAGACAGCUUCCCAGGACACAGAUGUACUUAACCCCUUACCAAAAGGGGAAAUUACACCAGCAAUAAAAGAACCCAGUUCUUCUCAGAAACUCAUUGUGGGAGGGGCAAGUCCCCAUGUAGCAGAAACCUGUGCAGGAGCUGGGUGUCUCCAAGAGGCAGCUGAGGGUUGCAGGAAGGCUGAUGCUCCAGGGGAUCAGUCCCAGUCCAGCCUUCCCUCACAGGAACGGAGUGUGGCAGCAGGAAAAGCUGAUAAGGUUUGCAGAGGAACCUCCAGAGCUGAGAACACCCAGAUGUGGAUCAAGGAAAGAGAUAUCCACCAAGGCAGCUGGGCUGACUCCACUGCAGAUCCCCCACACCCUGAGUGCAGUGUGGGAAAAGCAGAUAAAGUCAGCAGAGAGCCAGCUCAGCACAGUGCUCAGGUGGACAGUAAGGGAGGAAAUAACCAGCUGGACAAGAGGCCAGAUCCAGGUUUAGCUUGCCCAAGGCAUGAAUUCAAUGUGACAGCAGCAGCAGUGCAUAAUAGUGGAGGAGCAUGUGCAGAUAACAGUGUGCAGAUGUGCAUUAAGGAAGAAAAAGUUGACAGGCAGGGAGAAAUUCAGGUAUCCAGCUGCAAAAUGGAAGGAAAAAUACCUGUCCUGCAGAACAGGGAAGCUGCUAGUGAAGUACACCAAGGGCAGGAAUUUUUAACCAAAACCUGUGCAAAAUUUACUGACCUACCUGCAGGGGACUGCCCAGGUUCCCUCUUGGAAAAAAAGGUUUCAAAUAUGUAAGUACUUUUUUUUUUUUUUUUUUACACUAGCAGUCUUUUUAUAAAUUAACGGUGAUUGUAAUUACCUUGAUAAAGCUUGAGAGAGGAAAGGAGAGGCAGUGGGAGAUGCUGAUACCUGUAUAUCAUACACACACUAAUGUGAAAAUAAUUCUAUUUAACAGGGAUAUCCCGGAUAGGCAUUCGUAGCUUUUGUAGAAUUUUGUAAAUUAUUUAAAGUGCUCUAAGGAAAUAUUUUUUAUAAUGAUUUUUAGGGCUUGCAUUCCCACAGGAUGCUGUAGUUACUGUAGAUAAGAUAUUGGCUAAUCACACUUUAAAUUAUGAGGCCUCUAAUUGUCUCUCAAAGGGAAACCUGUUUGCGCACAGAAUUUAUUUGGGAGCCUGUUCAGAGAUCCUAGGAAAGCACAGCCUUGGAUAGCAAUGCAGAUGUGACACUGGCCACACCCCAGCUGCCUCAGGACCAUCCUGUGGGGUGGGGUUUGCUGGAGCUCAGUUUUCCCACCCUGAGGACUGUGGGAUGAGGUCCCUGAGCAGAACUGUGGGUGUGGAGAUCCAGCCUGGAAGACACAAAUGCAAAUUCAGGUAAAUCAAGUGGAUGGCUCUGUCUGCACCUCCUGUGCAAAGUGAUCUCAGCAGCUGCUCAAAGUCCUUUUACAUACCCAGAACCUCCUGCUAGCAGAUGAUUCCAAGCACAAUUGCAGUCCAAGACAAGUGAAGGAGUGUGUCUGGUCAGACAACAUGAUUUCCCUGGAUUUCCCUGGAUUUCUGUACUGUCGGGCCUGCAGGGCUCAAACAAUUCCUGUUACUCUCAACUCUCCUUUUGAUGCCCUGCAGUUGCCCAGAGAUGGCUUUUGGUUUCCUCAAUGAACUUUCUGGAACUGAGUGCCCUUAACUUUCCUUUUUCAGAAGUGGUUUUUAAAAUGUUACAUUUCUGUGAACUCUUCACUGACAAUUUUGGUGCAAUAAAGCAAAGCUGGGUUUGCUGUAGGAAGUCACAACACAAAUGGAUUUUUUCAGCCACGGAUAUUUUCAGCACUGUUCUUUCUUCAGGCUCUUUCUCUGCCUCCGUUUCCAGCAGCCAGAAUAAAGCAAUUUUUCACUACUAUCUUUUUAUUUGUACUGACUUUCAACGGGAUUGAAGUAGCACAUUCACAUCACACACACAAAAAAGUGCCCCCACACUGGUUUCGCUGCAAAUUCAAAAGGUGUAAAUUGGAGCUGUUGGCUCUUUCAUUUUCAUUUUUGUGUUGUGAAGUCCUUGGAGGAGUUUGUUCUCACAUCUUGUCCCUGUGAAUUGAUCUGAUAUUCUCUUUGUCUGCUCUUCUGCAGAACUUCUCAGCCAAACCACCACUUAAGCAUCACUUUGUUUCUCAGUCACUUCAGGAGUCUUCCUCCAGGCUGGCCUUAAACUUGCAAAACGGAGCAAAAGCAGCCAAGACUGGAUCCAGAAUCCCGUGGUGUCCCUGGUGUGAUGCAGAAUGUGGGCAAAAUACGGUGUAGCAUAGAUAGUGACUGUGGCAUGUAGAGAAAUAAACAUCCUUGGUGUGUUCAUGCUGUCGUGCAGCUACGUUUGAAACAUAUUCCUAGUGCUCACUUGGCAUUUCUGACUGUCCAGCCACCUUUCUGUAGCCCUGGGGUUGGUUGGCCAGGUUGUGUAAAGGUCAGUGUGUUAACUCAUCUCCAUUUUGUGGUAGGAUACCUUGGAAAAGUGGUUUUUCCUUAGCUCAGUGCCUGCACUCCCUCUUCACAGGUUUAUCUUUUGCUCUGCCUUGAUUCUGUUGCAGGAUUUGAGCCUUUUGUUUGGAAUAGGUCAAUAGGCUGGUAUUUUAAACUAGAAGUUUUCCAAGUACCUUGCUUUAAAAGGAUUAAACUGUAUACUUAAUUUUCCUAGAGAUGUUGGAAGCACUCUGUACUGUUUGUAUAAAAAGCUGAAUGUUUCUUCUCAAAAGUUUUCAGUAAAUCCACAUUAAGACUUCAAAGGUGUCUCGUGCCCCUGUUGCUGUGUCUGUGUCCUCAGUACCACUCGUGACCUGAUCCACUCCCAGUUAAAAUGCAAUUCCAGUUACCUUGUGCUUUAAAUAAAACCUGAUUUCAAACAGCACUUUUUUUUUUAUUUUAAUUGAUGAACAUGAUUUGUAUAUAGGAACUGGUGUACAUUGCUGAGUUUCUAAUGUUUAAUAAAUGGGGUUCUGCCCAUGGACCGUGCAACUGGAGUGUUCCUAUGGUUUGUGUCAUCAUCUUGAGUGAGUAAUAAUUUCUGGGUUCCCUCUUCUUCCCUCCUCGCUGAGGAUGUCAUUGAUUCUUUGUAACAAAGUGAAGGAGGAGAAUUUAUAAAAUAC